AUGGAUAGCUACAACAAAUUCCUGGCCGAGAAUGUCCUAACUGAGGAUAAAGUGAUUACAUAUCGGGUUUUGAGCCAGGCGCUACAGGUUCAUGUCAAUACAGCAAAACAAAACCAAAAUGCGAAACGUCCUGGAGCUGUGCAUGCCACGUACCUAGUGUAUGGCACUAAGAAGGCUACAAAUCCACCAUCAGAAUCUCAGGAUGGGGCAGAUGGUGACAUUGAGAUGUCAAGCUCGGCAAUGGAGGUCGACUCCCUGACCGAAGUUGUGCCCGCAUCCGUACUCUCUCUUGUCCCUGAAGACCAACUCAAAGACACUCUUGCGGACUACGAGGAGGUCACUUCGAUUCACGUCUACAGCAUUGCACCUCACCCGACAAAGGAUAUGGCCCUGCUAGUUGAUGCCGCCAACCAAAUGCUUACCCCCACUACCAGUGAGGAUGUAAAACAUACUGUUCCCAUCACCAACCCUUGGGUGCGUCGUAGAGAACGACAAGGGGCUGCUCUCCGGGCUGCCGCUGCCGCUGCAGUAGUGAAACCCCCAACAAAGCCCGCCUUUCCAAAUGUCAAAGAGGAGUCGAAGCCUACCCAACCUAUCCAGGAGGCGGCUCCGAAGCCUUCCACCUCUGGGCCCACUAAGAAACCCGCACCGUCCUUGAAACGGGGUGGUAAUUCCGGGAUCAUGCAGGCGUUUUCGAAAACGGCAACCAAACCAACCAAGGUUAAGAAGGAAGCAGAGGUUGCGACUCCCAGUAGUGAGGAUUCGAGCAUGCAACCCUUGUCCGAUGACGGAGAGGAUGACGAGGAGUUGCCACAACCGAAACCGCGGGCUGGGUCGGGAUUUAAAACUAAGAGACAGAGGGAGGAGGAUCUUCGACGGAUGAUGGAAGAGGAUGACGAGGAAGAGGAAGUCGAAGAGAAAGAGGAGACGCCCGAGGAGGAACCAAUGGAGGAAGAAGAACCUCCGGCGCCGGAGCCUGUGAAAGAGGAGGAGGCGGAAGUCGUUACUGCUUCUACUGAUGGCCGGCGGCGCGGCAAGAGGCGGAUCAUGCGCAAGAAACAGAUCAUGGAUGACCAGGGGUAUCUUGUCACGAUUCAAGAACCUGGAUGGGAGUCUUUCUCGGAAGAUGAGGCGCCCCCACCGACCAAACCCAAGACCACGAGCGCAGCUUCGUCUCAGGCUGCAAAGCCAAAAAAGGGUGGUCCGAAGGGCCAGGGCAACAUCAUGGCUUUUUUCUCCAAGAAGUGA